AUGGCUAAGAUUGAUCCUUCGCUAGGCUCCAGUAGCUUACUGGAGCUUUCGCUUGGGACUUUUGCAGCAGAAGAGCCCCUUCCCCUCGAUGAGACGGAGUCGUCUCAGCGAACCGCUCACCCAGAGAACCAGGGCGCUUACAACAUGACUAGCCCACAUCAAUAUAUCCAUUGGAUGCUGUCAACCUAUGGAAAAGAGGAGAAAUGCCACCGCUCAUCCAAUGAGAAAAAGUCUACGUGGGGUCUUUAG